GUCGAUCGAUUUCUCAUUGCAAGCUGCUUGUGUUGUCUUCCUCCCCGUCCCAGCAUCUCUCAUUCGCUGCAAGCGCCAUAGCUUAGCAGCAAGUUCUUUCCUCUUUCGUACUUGGGCCUUGUAGAUCCAGGAAGAGUACUCUUAGCCGAGAAGAUGGCGCGGCACGCAGUGCUUUUUUGGUGAUGGUGGUGUUGGUAGCUUCGGUGUUCGCUACUGCUAGCGCGGCUGAUCUCUUUGGCACUCUCCAGAGCGAUCAACGGUUCAAGGUCGUGGUGAAGGCCCUCGUCGACACACGGGAAGUCGACGCUCUCAGAGAUCGUUCCAACGGAUCAGUGCCGUUCGUCUUCAUCGCGCAGACUGAUGAGGACCUCGAAGUCGGCCUCGGACCUGAUGGUCUGGCGUGCAUCACCCGGCCCGAGCACGUGAAGGACCAUAUGGUGCAGAUUCUGCGAUUCAUGGAGGUGGGACCCUUGUCGCGUCCGGUGAAGACCGCAGCGGAUCUGCAGGCGGUUGCAGUCGACAACAAACUGCCGACCAUCAACGGCAUGCCGAUCUUCGUGGAGCCGGCGACGACAAGCGGAGUCAUCCUCAGGGGCGAUGCUGWGCAAGAGCAGUUCUCGGCAACGGUAGCAGAGGUGAAGCAGAUCAACGCGAACGUGGCUCUGGUCGUCCUUUCGAACGGUUUCCUUGUCCCCGCACAGGUCGACGAGCAAAUCACGAUAGCCUGCUUCCGGUCCGCAGCAUCGUCGUCCUCCCCCGGAGUUCCCGUCGCCGCGUCAUCGAAGCAUGCCCCGAAGUCCAAGAACGCCCCGUCAUCCAACGCUGCAGAGUCUGCUCCUUCAUCUUCGCAUUCCGCGCGUAGAAAGAUGCUCCGUGGCUUCUGGUGGUAAGCGAGAGAGAGAGAGAGAGAGAGAGAGAGAGAGAGAGAGAGAGAGAGAGAGAGAUGGUGACGAAUUAGGGAACUCACUUGCUGGGAGGGUAGUCUUGGUGACUCUGCGAACGUAUUCUUAUCUUUAUUACUGCAGAGGAGUAAUCACUCGUAUCGAUAGAUAGAAGAUAUAUAUUCAAUUGUUUUCUCUCGUGCGAGUGUCCCAUCGUUAGGUCGCGUGCUGCGCUGACCGUCGAUGAAAGUCUCGAGUGUGGGAUCGA